AUGUCGCGAGCUUUUUUGGAAACGGCGCCCUCGAGCACGGCGAGCUGCCUCAACGAAGUCCUCGGAGUAUCGAGCCUCUACGGGUUUGAUCCGUUCGUGAAAUUCCCCGAGAAUAUCUGUUCAUCAAAUACUACAAAGAUCAUGAUUGUUCUCCCGGGUCCCCCGUCGCUCUCCGACUUCAGGCUCGCCGCCUUGGUCGAGGCCGUCAAUGAGAAGCUCGAGGGACAACAGAUCCUUUCUCUUCGCGCCCUGUACGUUCACUAUGUCAGCGUCAAGUCUCCUGAAGCGCAGGCCGCUUUGGAGAAUGUCACAUCGGAACAGCGCAAGGCUCUCGACAUCUUGCUCGAAUACGACCUCCCCGCCGAUAAGGUCGAUAAGCAGAACGUCGCCUUGAUUGAGACUAUCUCCAGCGGUACCAUCUCGCCAUGGUCCUCCAAGGCCACCUCCAUUGCCGCCGUCUGUGGAUUGGGAGAGUACGUUCAGCGUAUCGAGCGUGGAAAGGCUUUCUCUAUUCUUACCAAGGACGACGUUACCUUGACUGAGCAGAACCUUGCUCACGUCGCCAACCUUUUGCACGACCGUAUGACUGAGACCCUCACCGCCACCCCACCAGAGUCCACCUUGAUCUUCGAGCAGAUGGAGCCCGCGCCCCUCGUCCACGUCGAACUACGUGGCGAGUCCGGCGACAACAACACCGGCGCCGCCAAGGCCCGUUUGGAGAAGGCCAACAAGGAGCUCGGCCUCGCCUUGGCUCCCGAUGAGAUCAACUACCUCGUCAACGCUUUCGUUGGCGACGGCUCUGACGACAAGUCCUUGAAGGAGCGCAACCCUACCGACGCUGAGUUGUUCAUGUUCGCCCAGGUGAACUCUGAGCACUGUCGUCACAAGAUUUUCAACGCCGACUGGACAAUCGACGGUGAGAAGAAGGAAAAGUCCCUGUUCGGUAUGAUCCGCAACACCCACCAGACUCACCCUCUCUACACCGUUUCUGCAUACUCCGACAACGCCUCCGUUCUCGAGGGUGUCGAGGCCACUCGCUUCCACCCCGAUGGUAAGACCCAGGAGUGGACCCUCCAGACUGAGCAGGUUCACUUCUUGACCAAGGUCGAGACCCACAACCACCCUACUGCCGUCUCUCCCUUCCCUGGUGCCGCCACUGGUUCCGGUGGUGAGAUCCGUGACGAGGGUGCCGUUGGCCGCGGUUCCAAGCCCAAGGCCGGUUUGGCUGGUUUCAACGUGUCUGACUUGAACCUCCCCGGUUUUAAGCAGCCCUGGGAACUUGACGUUGGCCGUCCUUCCCACAUUGCCUCCCCCGUCGACAUCAUGAUUGAGGCCCCUAUCGGUUCCGCCGCUUUCAACAACGAGUUCGGUCGUCCGUCCAUCACUGGUUACUUCCGUACGCUUACCCAGAAGGUCCCCUCCGUCGACGGUGGUGAGGAGAUUCGUGGUUACCACAAGCCUAUCAUGAUUGCCGGUGGUGUCGGUACCAUCCGUCCUCCUCACUCCUUCAAGGGUAAGAUCACCCCCGGUUCUUGCCUUAUCGUCCUUGGUGGACCUUCCAUGCUUAUCGGUCUCGGCGGUGGUGCUGCCUCCUCCAUGAACUCCGGUGAGGGGUCUGUCGAGCUUGACUUUGCCUCCGUCCAGCGUGGAAACCCUGAGAUGCAGCGCCGUGCCCAGCAGGUUAUUGACGCCUGUACCUCCUUGGGCGAGGGUAACCUCAUCCAGUCCAUCCAUGAUAUCGGUGCUGGUGGGUUGUCCAACGGUCUUCCCGAGCUCGUUCACGACGCCGGUCUCGGUGCUCGUUUCGAAUUGCGUGAUGUUCCUUGCGAUGAGCCUGGAAUGUCUCCUAUGCAAAUCUGGUGUUGUGAGGCUCAGGAGCGUUACGUUAUGGCUGUCGCUCCCGAGAACUUGGAGCGUUUCGAUGCUAUCUGCAAACGUGAGCGUGCUCCUUACGCUGUUGUUGGUCACGCUACUGAGGAGCAGAGGUUGGUUCUCACUGACAGUCUCCUCGGUACUACUCCUAUAGACUUGCCCAUGGAUGUCUUGUUCGGUAAGGCUCCUAAGAUGUCUCGCCAGGCUAUUACUCAGGCCCUUGUCUUGCCUGCCUUCGACGCAUCUUUGGCGUCCUACAUCCCCAAGUCCUCCAUCACCGACACCCUCACCACCGCUAUCGACCGUGUCUUGCACCUUCCUUCUGUCGCGUCCAAGUCUUUCUUGAUCACUAUCGGUGACCGUACCGUUACUGGUAUGAUUGCCCGUGACCAGAUGGUUGGUCCUUGGCAAGUUCCUGUCGCCGAUGUUGCUGUCACUAUGACUUCCCUUGGUGACGGUAUUAUCACCGGUGAGGCUAUGGCCAUGGGUGAGAAGCCCAAUUUAGCUCUCAUCAACCACGCUGCUUCCGCUCGUAUGGCUGUUGCUGAGUCUCUUACUAACUUGGCUGCCGCCGAUAUCUUCGAGUUGGAGAGGUGCAGGUUGUCCGCCAACUGGAUGUCCUCCCCUGACCACCCCCGUGAGGGAGCUGGUUUGUACGAGGCUGUCCAGGCUAUCGGUAUGGACCUCUGCCCUGCCCUCGGUAUCUCCAUUCCCGUCGGCAAGGACUCUAUGUCCAUGAAGAUGAAGUGGAACGACGGUGAGAAGAAAGAGGUUACUGCUCCUUUGUCGCUUGUCAUCACUGCCUUCACCAUGGUUGAGAACGUUCACAAGACCUGGACACCCCAGCUCCAAAGACCCGAGAUUGUCGGAAAGACCUCCUUGGUCUUGGUUGACCUUGCCGCUGGUAAGCAACGCCUUGGUGGAUCUGCCGUCGCUCAGGUCUUCGGCCAGGUUGGCAACGAGGCUCCUGAUGUGGAGUCUGCUCAGGUCCUCAAGGGCUUCUUCGAGGCUGUCCGUGAGCUCCACAAGUCUGACGACCUCGUCCUUGCUUACCACGAUGUUGCUGACGGUGGUUUGUUCACCGCUGCUGUUGAGAUGGCUUUCGCUGGUCGUGUUGGUGUUGACAUCACUCUUGACGCUGUCGCUAAGAGCCAGAGCGUUGAGGCCGUUGUCUCUGCUAUGUUCCACGAGGAAUUGGGUGUCGUUCUCCAGGUCGCUGACGACAAGAUCGACGCCCUCAAGGCUGUCUUUGCCAAGCACGGCGUGAACUCCGUCCACACGGUCGGUAAGGUCCGCUCUGGUGAGCAGCAGUCCGUCACUGUUUCCCUUGGUGGCCGCUCUUUCUACGAGUCUACCCGUGCUGAGCUCCAGCAGGCCUGGGCUUCCACCUCCCACAAGUUCCAGCAGUUGCGCGACCACCCCGUCUGCGCUGACGAGGAGUUCGCCAACAUCCUUGAUGACAAGGAUCCCGGUCUUUCUUACGACCUUACCUUCAAGCCUAACGAUGACUUUGCCAACGCUCUCAUCAAGAACCCCUCGAGCAGACCAAAGGUUGCUAUUUUGCGUGAGCAGGGUGUCAACGGUCACUCCGAGAUGGCUUUCGCCUUCCACAUGGCUGGCUUCUCCGCUGUCGACGUUCACAUGACUGAUAUUAUUAACGGUGAUGUUAAGCUCGCUGACUUCGUCGGUAUGGCUGCUUGCGGUGGUUUCUCCUAUGGUGAUGUUUUGGGUGCUGGUGCUGGUUGGGCCAAGUCCGUCAUGCUCCACCCUGGUGUGAGAGAAGAGUUCCGUGCUUUCUUCGCCGACCGUGACGACACGUUCGCCUUGGGUGUGUGCAACGGAUGUCAGUUCUUGUCAAGACUGAAAUCCUUGAUUCCUGGUGCUGAGAGGUGGCCUACUUUCCAGCGUAACAGAUCAGAGCAGUACGAGGCUCGUGUCUGUGAGAUCGAGGUUCUUGAUGACGGACCGGAGGAUACUCCUUCCGUUUUCUUCGAUGGCAUGCGCGGAUCUAAGUUCCCUGUCGCUGUCGCUCACGGAGAGGGUCGCGCUGUCUUCGACAACGAGGAGGACUUGAAGCACUGUACUUCUACCGGUCUCGUUGCUGUUCGUUUCGUUGACAACUACGGCAAGCCUACUGAGACAUAUCCUUACAACCCCAACGGAUCACCAGAGGGUGUCACUGGUAUCCGGACACCGAACGGGCGUGUGAUGGCCCUCAUGCCUCACCCUGAACGUGUUACAUUGAAGGAGGCUAACUCCUGGUACCCUAAGCAGCAGGGUGAGGAGUGGGGAGAGGUUGGUCCUUGGAUCAGAAUCUUCAGGAAUGCCCGUAAGUGGGUCGGAUAG